GUUUGACAGUAUGACAUUACAAUCGUAUUUACAUGAGGGGAGAGCAGAACGUGCGGAGGACUGACUGACACAAAGAGCCGAGCUUCUAGUUUAUCCGUCCCGAGUUAUUUAGAUUCAAAACACUGUGUGGUUUACGGUGUCGACUCGUCCCGCUCGGUUGCCACAACUGAGGCGGUGCUUGGCAUCUGUGUCGUAGGUGGAGAAAGCUGCCAGGACAGGAAUUUUUACUGCACCGCACUCCCCUUGGAGAUCACACCCCCGGCGGCUGUUGUCCUCCUCCUGAGGCGUUUUAACCCUCCGCGCAUUGGUUAGGCCUACUGAGGACUGACAUGGCCGACACGUUGAGGAGACUGACUAAUACAUCUUCCUUCAGCGUCUUACAGGACAAGCUUGAGAGCUGGCACAAAGACUACCAUGUUAUUUCCUGUGACCAGAAUCUAAACAGAUGUUGUGAGCUGAUCGAACUAACCGCCAAGAUCCAGGGCCAAUUGUUUGCCAUCCUCAACCUCACAGCUGCUGAAGGUGGACACUAUGCUGGAGUGGACACCCUCAAAACACGCCUGCUGCCGUGGCUUGGGACCUGUUUUUCAAUGGCGAGGCCCUCUGUCACUGACAACACCAGUCUACAGCUCAUCCAGGAUUCAGCGGAGAAGGACAUGAGGAUCAGGGAGCUCUCUGCCUCCCAUGAGAGUGACAUGCUGCAGAUGGACACUCGGCUGUGCUCCACUCGCCUGCAGUUGGACUCUGUCAGAGCAGAAUUGGUCAAUGCUCAGAAGGAACUGGACGAGACAAAGAGCAAAUCAGCAACCACUCUGCUGGCCACUGAAGAUGAAAUACUGCAGCUGAAAGCAGAUUUGCGAUCUGCACAUGAGCAGGUGGAGAUGUAUAAGAGGAAGCUGGAGACUUUUGACUACGACUAUGAGCGGCAGAUUCGCUUGCUGAGAGAUGAAGUGUCCACUCUGAGCACAGAGAAGGCCAUGCUGCAGGAGAGGUUGGUGAGGAGUCGCUCUCCCAGCCCCUUGCCAAGGCCCAGUUGCUCGUCUAGCCCCAUGAGAAGCGAGUCGCCCACCAGAGCUCAGCUCACUAACUCCUCCCGCUACGCACGUCUUGUAUCGCGCUUGAGUGAUCUGUACGCUGUGGAGCGGCUGGAAGCCCAGACCAUGCUUCGACGCCACAUUGUUGACUUAGAGAUGGUCCAGAAAAUCAUCUUCAUUGCUGUGGCGGAAUCCUUCAAGACAGCGAAACUGGCUUACCGUCAGUUCAAGCUGCGUGUGAGAAAGACAUUGUCUUCAUCCCACUUUGGACCAGAAAGUCUGGAGGAUGCAGCUGUGGAUUACACUGUCAGAAACCUGGACCUCUAUGACGUUCGGGCCAGCGUCAAUGAUGUGAUCAAUGCCAUGAAUGUGAACCCUCGGAUCUCGUUCCCGCCAGAGGUGGACUUUGCUCUUAUCUCUACCUUGAUCAGGGAGACGUGCAGGGUGGCCUUUGCCAUGCAGACACUGGACCCCCCGCUUGACUUGGCCUUUGCCAGUGAUGGAGAACUUUACAACGACAGCAAGUAUCGUCGCAGCUAUGAUUCAGACUUCACUGCUCCUCUGGUGAUGUACCACAUAUGGCCAGCCUUGGUGGAAGGAGAUGCUGUGGUAGUGAAGGGCGAGGCUGUGACCAGGAGGGGUGCUCUGUGGAGCAGAAGCCGGAGCAGAAGUGCCAGCCCCGUGCGCUCUCGCUCUCUCAGCCCAACUCGCACUCUUGCAUUUAACAGCAAUAGAAGUCGGUCUCCUGAACGUCUUACAGCGAGCCACCUGUGAUCUCUGGCUUUACACCGAUCCUGGAUGUCAGUGAAAUUAAAUUUCAGUUGACUUCAUCUGUGAUGUUACUCUUAUGCUUCCACCAAAUAAAGCAAUAAAAUCCUGAGAUACUGUACCACCCAAAGGCUGCUCCAAGUUUACAUGAUUGGAGGGCAGUUUGAUGGGACAUUGGCAGGAACUAGAGGUCAGUAUAUUUUAGAUAAAGCAUAAAUAGCCUGGCAGCUAACUAGACAGUUGUCUUAGUUUACUAUAUUUACUCUGAGAUAGAUAAUACUAACAGUGUUUUAGUGAUCAUUGGAAACUUUUAAGUGCUUUAUUCAGGGGACAAUUAGACCUGCGCAGUAGCACUUUCUCAGUCUGACAAGAAAACAUAUUCAACUUUACUCCUCUCUUUACUUUUUACCAAAAGUCAGCAGAACUCUUUCAGUGUAUUGUAGGACAUACAAUAUGGUGCUAAUGAUCAGUGCUAAUUUAAACUCCUCCAGUACUUGAGUGACUGAUAUUGGUCAGUGUGUUUUUAGUGUCAGUGGUUGCUGUGUUUUUGUAUUUUCAUUUUUUAUUUCUAUUUUUUGGUGCUGUUGUUUUAUAUUUUGGGCAUUUAUUUGAGAUAAAGUAACGUUUAAGAACAUUUCACGUGACAAAACAUGUUUAAGACCUGAAUAAGUGCUUGCUUGCUUUUUAAGUCUGAAAUAUGUUUUAAGUGAGAUUUUUCCAAAUAGUAGUGUAGUUACUGUGCAUUGCAGAAGGACCACUUGCUAGUAAUUUUGGGAGAGAAAUGUCUGUAUAAAUUCAACAUGACAAUUCUAUUUAUUAUAUAUUUUUUCAGCUACAACCUGUGUACUGUACAUCAUAGCUUACAUAAUCAUAUCUGGUACUACUGUACUUAAUUUGCCCUUUAAUGGCUUGAAUUUAUGAGAUAUAGUCGAUACUGUAGGAUGAAUUUAUGUUGAUUUCCCUAUGAUUUUAUUUGUGUUGUGUGAUGAAUAUAUUUGUGGACUGUGCCUUUUACGAUUGCCUUUUUAAAAGAAUAAAUGAUAAAUUGUUUUACG